UUCUGGAAAACAUUAACACCACCAAUGAAUGACUUGAUCUUCGCUCUGAGCUCCAGAUGACUUAUCCUGUUGUUCGUAAGGAUGUCGUCUGUUACUGAAAAUGGAGAUGUUACUGCUGGAAAGCCAAAUGAAGAGAAAACAUAUAAAAAGACUGCAUCCUCAGCUAUUAAAGGUGCUAUCCAGCUGGGAAUAGGAUACACAGUAGGAAACCUUACAUCAAAACCAGACAGAGAUGUUCUUAUGCAAGACUUCUAUGUAGUGGAAAGUGUCUUCCUACCAAGUGAAGGGAGCAAUCUCACCCCUGCUCAUCAUUACCCUGACUUCAGAUUUAAGACGUAUGCGCCUCUUGCAUUCCGCUAUUUCAGAGAACUUUUUGGUAUCAAGCCUGAUGAUUACUUGUACUCAAUCUGCAGUGAGCCUUUAAUUGAAUUAUCCAACCCAGGGGCCAGUGGAUCCUUAUUUUUUGUAACUGGUGAUGACGAGUUCAUCAUCAAAACUGUUCAACACAAAGAAGCUGAGUUUCUUCAGAAGCUCUUGCCAGGUUAUUAUAUGAACCUGAACCAGAAUCCAAGGACUCUUCUACCCAAAUUUUAUGGGCUGUACUGCGUUCAGUCAGGAGGCAUUAAUAUUAGAAUUGUUGUAAUGAACAAUGUUUUGCCACGAGCCUUGAAAAUGCAUUUCACAUAUGACUUGAAAGGCUCCACAUACAAACGGAGAGCAUCAAGAAAAGAGAGGGAGAAGUCCAACCCUACAUUCAAAGACUUGGAUUUCUUGCAAGACGUGCAUGAAGGGUUGUAUUUUGACUCUGAAACACACAGCGCAUUAAUGAAAACACUACAGCGAGAUUGUCGAGUUCUAGAAAGUUUUAAGAUCAUGGAUUACAGUCUGCUACUGGGAAUCCACAUACUGAACAGUAACAUGAAGGAGAAAGAGGGAGAGAAUUCCCAGAGCACAUCAGAUGCGAAACGUCCUGGAGGGCAGAAAGUUCUUUAUUCCACAGCAAUGGAGUCUAUACAGGGCCCUGGGAAGUCAGGGGACUCUAUCACCCCAGAGACAACAAACACAAUGGGAGGUAUUCCAGCUAAAAGCCAUAAAGGAGAAAAGCUGCUUCUAUUUAUGGGUAUUAUUGAUAUUCUCCAGUCUUAUAGGUUAAUGAAGAAGCUGGAACAUUCUUGGAAAGCUCUUGUUUAUGAUGGGGACACUGUUUCAGUUCACCGACCAAGUUUUUAUGCAGACAGAUUUUUAAAGUUUAUGAGUACAAGAGUUUUCAAGAAAGUUCAAG